UGUCGUUUGUUGUUACGUAGAGCUUUCAUUCGUUUCUGAAAAUUCGUUUUAUUAUUACUGAUAGUACAAACGAUAACUCAGUGGUCUUAAAAUAAAAUUUACAAGUGUUCAAUUUCAUUAAAGCUAUUUACCUAAGGCAGAGAAAGAAGGAAUAACCAUUAUUACACAAGGAUGGAUUCUGACUGGGGGAGCCUUCCCCUGCUUCCACUGAGAUGUGUUCUAGAGAACUUGAACACAGCAGAUGCUCUGGCCGCCAUGUCCACAUGCCGGCACUGGAGGAGUGCCAUGCAUCUAUAUGAAGGGCACAAGGAUGCUCUGAAACUACGAGUGAAACAGAUGGACAAGAACAUACUGCUGACGAGGCUGUUCAAGAGACACAUCAAGAAGCUCCACAUAUACGUAAACAGCAACAAGGAAGACCUGGAUUACUUCAUGAACCACAUACUGCUGCAGUACCUGGACACACACAAACUGCACGAGCUGAUAUUCAUCGGGCCGACGUAUCUGUUGCAAAACAAACAGGCCCCCAUCGUGAGACUCAACCGGGUCCUGACUGAGAGUCUAAUGUUGAAGCACGCUGACUGCUUGCAUCGACUAAUGAUGCUGGGAUGCGAACUGUCACCUUUGAGGAACGAGGUUGAUAGCUAUUCGCAAAAGCUAGUAGAGCAAUACGCGAAGCCGCUGCACUUCACGCCAGCGGCGCCGCCCGCAGACGCCUACGCGUACCGCUCCAACAUCGUCAUAUCCAACUUUACUGCGCUGCAUUUCCUAACGGUGGACUACGAGUUGAUAAACAAUGUGAACGUGGAAACGCUGUCGGAGCUGCGGCUGUCGCAGCUGACGCUCAACGUGGGACUGCGGCGCGUGCACCGCCUGCCACGCGUCUGCUGGCCGCGCGAUCUACGCGUCGCCGUCAACGUGAUCAAUGUUCCUCAGCGUAAGAUGCACGAUGUGAUGCACAGUAUUCUCACGGAGGGGCUGUAUCUGGUCUCGUUGAAAGUCAUGUUUUGUAAAACGUUGUACGCGCCGAUGAUAAACCACGUGGUGCGACUGUUCAAGGCGACGCUGCAGGAGCUGGUGUGGGUGGACAGCCCGUACGAGGCCGACCCCUCCGGACACAUCGACCCCGACGACCUGCCCGAGACGGAGUUCGAUACAACCAACGUAAAUCCGUUGAUACUUCUCUGCUGGCAGUGCAUCCAUUUGAGAAGACUAGUGCUCCACGGCUACUGGAUCUGGCAGUACGAACUAGUGGGUCUGGUGCGGCUUCGCAAAUCGCUCGAGGCGCUGGAGGUGUCCGCCGUGUACGAGCGCUCGGAGCGGUUCGGCGGCGGCAUGAUGCGUGUGCACGCGCACGACCGCCCACGCCCGCUGCACGAGACGCACCUGCAGCAAGUGAACGACUACACCGGUUUCCUGUGGCGUCCUUGCCCGUGGGACGAGUUGCACCCGGGCCUGCGUGCCGGCUCCACCCCCGCGCAGCGCGCCUGCUACGUGCUGCGAGAAUGCGCCGUGCGCUAAGCUCACACGCAGAUACGUAACAUAUUUGUCGAUUAUAUAAUCGAGUAACAUCGAUAUCGCAAUCGAUUCUUGAUUCUAUGAUUAACAUCGAUAUCGUAAUCGAAUAACAUCGUGAUUCUUGAUAUAAUUGAUAUCGCAAUCAAAUAACAUCUCGAUUCUCGAUUUAUCGACCAACAUCGAUGUCGUAAUCGAUUAACAUCAUAUCAAAAGACCCGAAAUCGAAGAAUAUCGUUAACCCACCAGAAAAAUCGACUUUUCCCACCAAGUAAUUACUGUUGUUACUGAUUAUUGUAAUAAGUUUCACGGGUCUUGACAAUUCAAAGUUGUCUUUUACAACUGAAGAUAAUUUUAGACUUAUUUGGUUACUGAUGUAAAAAAAAGUUAAGUUCUGUCUGAACACUUGUGAAAUCGAUUACAAUAAUUGCGUAUUUAUAUAAACCAGCUAAACAUGUUAGCUCAAGAAAUCUGCUGGAUACAGAAAGAUCUAAAUUGAAUUCUAAAUGGUUGCCGCGAAGAGAUCAUAACAUAACAAUUUUACAAGUACAAACAAAUAACUGCUAAAAAAAUGGGCGAAUUUUAUGUGGCAUGUGGCACCCCUGAAGCUAUAGUAGUGAUCGUUAUAUGGUUGUAUUGUUUUAUUACAAUUAUUUGACAAUAUUAAUAUGUAUUUAAAAUCCCUUAUAAAGGAAUGUUAUGAUUAGUUAGAGUAUCAAAAACGCGCCAUUAUUUAAAUGCGCUACUCUAAAAUAUGACAGUGACAUAUGUCACGUGACAAUGUCUAAAAUUAAAAAAAAAAACUACUUAAUAAAAAUAUUUUAAAACUUUGUAGAUAAGACUAAUUUUAAGAAUAUUUCAUCUACGGGGUACAAUUAUUAUAACUAAUAAAAAUUCUACCAUAAAUGCCAACAUACCAAAAUCAAGUUCCUA